UUAGCUUAGCAUCGUUCACCCAGUGCAUCUAACAGCACUGAGGUCUGCUGGCACACGAGAGGAAGACCCGGGACAAAGCUGUUCGGCUCCGCAUCUCCAUUAUCCGAAAGUCUCUGUGGACCACCAGCUGCUUAAGAUACGAGCAAUGGCGGACAAGGAAGCAGGAGCAUUUGAUGAUGCGGUUGAAGAGAGGGUGAUAAACGAGGAGUACAAGAUCUGGAAGAAGAACACUCCCUUCCUGUACGACCUGGUGAUGACCCACGCUCUGGAGUGGCCCAGCCUGACUGCUCAGUGGCUGCCUGACGUCUCCAGGCCGGAGGGGAAGGAUUACAGCGUGCACCGGCUGGUGUUGGGCACUCACACAUCUGAUGAGCAGAAUCACCUGGUCAUCGCCAGCGUUCAGCUGCCCAACGAUGACGCCCAGUUUGAAGCCUCACAUUAUGACAGUGAGAAAGGAGAGUUCGGAGGCUUUGGCUCAGUGAGCGGCAAGAUCGAGAUAGAAAUCAAGAUCAACCAUGAAGGAGAGGUGAAUCGUGCCCGCUACAUGCCCCAAAACCCCUGCAUCAUCGCCACCAAGACCCCCACCUCAGAGGUGCUGGUGUUCGACUACACCAAACACCCCUCCAAGCCAGAUGCUUCUGGAGAGUGUCACCCUGAUCUGCGUCUCAGAGGUCACCAGAAGGAAGGCUACGGUCUCUCCUGGAAUCCAAAUCUGUCCGGCUCUCUCCUCAGUGCGUCAGAUGACCAUACCAUUUGUCUGUGGGACAUCAGUGCUGUGCCCAAAGAGGGCAAGAUAGUCGAGGCAAAGACGAUCUUCACCGGUCACACUGCUGUGGUGGAGGACGUCUCCUGGCACUUGCUUCACGAGUCGCUCUUUGGAUCUGUAGCAGAUGACCAGAAGCUCAUGAUCUGGGACACUCGUUCAAACAACACCUCCAAACCCAGCCACGCAGUGGACGCCCACACAGCAGAGGUCAACUGUUUGUCAUUCAACCCUUACAGCGAGUUCAUUCUGGCAUCUGGCUCCGCAGACAAGACUGUCGCUCUUUGGGACUUGAGAAACCUGAAAUUGAAGCUGCAUUCCUUCGAGUCACACAAGGAUGAGAUUUUCCAGGUUCAGUGGUCACCUCAUAACGAGACCAUCCUGGCAUCCAGUGGAACAGACCGCCGCCUCAACGUCUGGGACCUCAGUAAAAUCGGAGAGGAGCAGUCACCAGAGGAUGCAGAGGACGGUCCGCCCGAGCUUCUGUUUAUCCAUGGAGGCCACACAGCCAAGAUCUCUGACUUCUCCUGGAACCCCAACGAGCCCUGGGUCAUCUGCUCUGUGUCUGAAGACAACAUUAUGCAAGUCUGGCAAAUGGCUGAGAACAUCUACAACGAUGAAGACCCAGAGGGUUCGACAGACCCCGAGGCCACAGCGUAACUCCUCUGCCCGCUGUGCGUCUUUACCUACAACCUCAUCACAAACUGCCAAACUGCCACCUCUGUACUUCCAUGCAGCUACUUCCCUUCUCGACUCUACCGGUGGGACACUGUACGCUGUAAAUCACUGUAAAUACAAGACAGAAUAAUCAAGUCAUCCUUUUUUUUUGUAACAGUGAAGAACUUCGACUGAGUAACUUAUUGCCUGAAGACUCUUACUCAUGUUUUUGCGCACUGCGUAUAAAAGAUAUAUUUUUGUAAUCAAAUUGGCUCUCCCUCGUACACUGAAGUGUUUUAGCAGAUGCUCUUUCUUUAAUGAAUAAAUAGGUUUCUAGAACUUAAGAUGCUGAUCAUACUGACAGCCCACGACAAGUUAUGAUUCACGAUAACCUGCUGUUUGAAGCCCAGUUCAGACCAAAGAUUGGCGUCGAGACGAGUUGAAACAGGCAACUACUGUCAAUGCAGCGUUUGACUUGACCAGCAGACUUCACUACAAGCUGAUUGGCUGUUGAAACAGGUGACGUGCUUAAAAACCAGCCGCCGGCCAUUUGACCAGCUGAGUGUCAGGUGACAUCAUCAGCCGGCUUGAGUCCAGCUCAGACCGGCCAGUUCACAUCACGAAUCUUUGGUCUGAACUGGUCUUUAGAGAUUAAACAGCUCCGUCUGCACACGUUGAAAAUGUUGCAGAGGAAACAAACUUUGAGUAAAAUGCAGCCCAGCCUUUUGAUAAGAUGCAGAGCAUAGCAAGUUACUUCCUCUGGUUUUAAAACUGUCUCAUAUUUUCCUGCUUCAGUCUGGUCAUCAUCUGAUCGUUCUGGACACUGAUUUUCACACCAGCUGCUUCUAAACGAAACGACCAUUUUAAAGAAACUCAGUUUGAAAUGUCCAUGUGUGGUCCACGUCCCCUCACCCCACAUUACUCAUUUAAAUGUUGUUGUGAAAUAGAGUAGUGACUGAGCUUUUUCUAUGUUCAAUAUUUUGUAAUUGUACAGUGAGUGCAUUCUUAAUAAAAUGUGUUUCAUUGUU